CUUGAAAGUCCAACCCUGCCGUCACAGCGCCCGACGCUUCUGCCUUGUUUCGCACUUGGGCUGCGCCCUGACGUGGCCUCAUUAAACAUCACUCUUCUACCAAUCUCUGGAGCCUGAAACACACCCUGUGCCGACUUUUUGGCUAACAAACUGCCUCAAGCGGUUCUUUAUCCUGUUAAGCACUAGCGACGACCAUAUAGAAGUUUUGAUCCCAUUGUACAUACACAUUCGCACUCGCCUUCUUGACCGUCCGUCCAGGUCACACCAUGAAGGCCACUCUCCUUGGCCUCCUUGGCCUGGCAACCUUGUCGACUGCUCACAUACACCGCGACUACGACAACAACGAUUACUAUGUCCUCCAUCUUGACCAGAAUACGCACCCCGAUGGCGUAGCGUCCCGUAUCGGGAUGAGGCACGAGGGCCAGCUGAGCACACUCGACGACCACCACAUCUUCAGCACCACAAAGCACGACCAUGACGUCGUACGACGACAACUCCACGAGCGAAGACGGACAAAACGCAGUGUUGGCGGCUAUGAUGUCCUGGAUGGCGUUCGCAUCUCCCAGAAGCAGCAAGCCCGCAUGAUGGCAAAACGCGAGAUUCCUCCACCCCCCAACGGCUACUAUCCCCGACAGGAAGAUCCGAAGGUGUGGGCAGCGAAGAACCAGAAGAAGCUCAUGGCUACCCUUGGCAUUGCGGACCCAAUCUUUCACGACCAAUGGCAUCUAUACAAUACCGUUCAGAUUGGCCACGACGUCAACGUCACAAAUGUCUGGCUCGAAGGCGUUACCGGAAAAAACGCCACUGUUGCCAUUGUGGACGACGGUCUCGACAUGCACUCCAAAGAUCUGAAAGACAACUACUUUGCCGAAGGCUCUUGGGACUUCAACGAUAACGACCCCGAACCGGCCCCUGAGCUCGCUGCUGACACGCACGGCACCCGUUGUGCUGGAGAGGUUUCCGCCGUCAAGAAUGAGAUUUGCGGUAUUGGUGUGGCAUACAAUUCGAAAAUCGCCGGUAUUCGUAUCCUCAGCAAGCCCAUCAGCGAUAUGGAUGAAGCGGCUGCCAUGAUUUACAAGUAUGACAAGAACCAAAUUUACUCCUGCUCCUGGGGACCCCCUGACGAUGGCCGAUCUAUGGAAGCCCCCGGCUUGCUCAUCAGACGUGCCAUGCUCACCGGCAUUCAAAAGGGCCGUGGUGGCCUUGGAUCCGUAUAUGUGUUUGCCAGUGGCAAUGGCGCUGCCUCUGACGACAACUGCAACUUUGAUGGGUACACAAAUUCCAUUUACAGCAUUACUGUCGGUGCCGUCGAUCGCGCCGGCAAUCACCCAUACUACUCAGAACUAUGCUCUGCACAGCUCGUUGUGACGUAUAGCAGUGGAGCUGGCGAUACUAUUCACACGACAGAUGUGGGAGAAAACAACUGCGCGAGCAACCACGGCGGUACAUCAGCCGCUGCACCGCUUGCUGCUGGUAUCUUUGCAUUGGUCAUGGAAGUUCGUCCGGAUCUUACCUGGCGUGAUAUGCAGUACCUUGCUCUUGAGACCGCCGUCAAAGUGCAGGACAAGGAUGCUGAAUGGCAAAAGACAGCCAUUGGCAAACACUUUUCUCACACUUAUGGCUACGGCAAGGUUGACUCAUACAGCAUCGUCCAACUUGCCAAAACCUGGGCCAAGGUCAAACCGCAGGCAUGGUACUUUUCCCCUUGGCUGCAUGUGCGCAAAGAUAUCCCCGAGGGCAAGGAUGGCCUUGUUGCCACUUUUGAGGUCACUGAAGAUAUGCUCAAGGAGGCUAACCUGGCCCGACUCGAGCACGUCACAGUGACAAUGAACGUGGAACACACACGCCGUGGUGAUCUCAGCGUCGAUUUGAUCAGCCCUGACAACAUCAUUAGCCACAUCGCCACCGCUCGUAAGAAUGACGAGUACAAGGCUGGAUACGAAGACUGGACCUUUAUGAGUGUCGUUCAUUGGGGAGAGCGUGGUGUUGGCAAAUGGACUAUUAUUGUUCGCGACACAGUUGCCAACGGCAAAACUGGCAAAUUCGUAGACUGGCACCUGAAGCUUUGGGGCGAGUCCAUCGAUGCCAGCAAAGCAACUCUUUUGCCAAUGCCCACAGACAAGGAUGACGAGGACCACGACAAGGAUAUUCCCGUCGUCACCACUACUGCCGCCGUAACUAACCUGCCUCCCCAGGCCACAGGCCCGGAUGCUGUGGAAGGCAGCAGCGUCCCCAGCGACCACCCAGAACGCCCGACCAAGCCCACGGAGCAUGAGACUGCUAACAAGCCUGCAUCAUCGUGGGUCUCGUGGCUCCCUACCUUUGGUGCCUCGAAGAAGGCUCAGAUCUGGAUCUACGGCGCCAUUGGUCUGAUUGGCGCCUUCUGCACCGGCCUCGCCGUGUACUUUUACCUUGCGCGCCGCCGCCGCCUCCGCGAAUCGCGCAACAACUACGACUUUGAGCUUAUUGACGAGGAAGAGGGCGAGGGUCUCAGCGGCGCCGAAAAGGGUGCCGGCAACAAGAGGACGCGUGGUGGCGAACUGUACGAUGCGUUUGCGGACGGUAGCGAUGAUGAAGAAGAUGAUGACGAUGAGUACGAUGCGUAUAGAGACCGCUCCGCCGAGAAGUUGGCGGGCAUCCCUGGCGAGAGAGACGCCGACCAGCACCAGCAGCAGCACGUCAUUGGCGGCGAUAGCGACGAUGAGUCUGACAGAGAAGUUGUCCCACUGCGCCGCUAAGUGUUUUAUUAUUUCUAGGAGACGCUUGCUUUUUUUUUUCGUCUUUCGUAGUUCAUGGUAGUUGCACGGUGGAGCUGCUUUUGAUUAACUAGGAGUAUUCAUUGGAGCCUCUGUUUAAUUAGACUUUUAUGCAUUCAAAAAGAGAGAGUCAGGUCCUUUUCAUAGUCCUGCCAGCUAUCCAGUACCAUAUCAGUGUCAAACCGCCAUGAUCAAUAACUGCCACAGCAAUAGCAAUAGUAUUAGCGGUACAAAGACGCAAAUGGUAAGGCAGCAAAACGUUGUACUUGAUUAUAAUAAUAUCCAUGCAAUGUAAACAAAAGCUGCGCCAGAUGGGGCCUUCGUAUCGGAUGUAUAAAAUAUGUGGCUAAAGAAGAACAAACUCUGGGGUUCCCGGAAUGAUGUUGAUAACUGUAACGGCAUAUGACACGACAGUCUACUUGCUUUCCAUUUCGUUAAUGUAGCCAGUCCAAACGUCUGCCACCUUAUCGUAAAAGUCGACGUGGGCAUCCGCUAGACCCUGCAACUGGGCCUUCAUUUCCAGGCGCUUGAUGCGCUCAAAGUCGGCGACUUCACGAACAACCUCUUCGUUAAACAUCUCACUCGUCCGUCUGGCCAGCUCCACCUCGUGGGUUAGUUCGUCGACACGCAGCUCCAACUUUCGCGUUCGCUCACGCCGCGCCUGCUCGUGGUCCACGCCACGGACGUCUUCGAGCUUACUGCGCAGAAAGCCCCCCGGGCCUGAUGACUGGUGGCCCGACUGCAGCUGAUCACGCUCUAUUGUAGAUUUGUUGAGGUACUCUGUCAGCUGCUCAAAGUCGAGCUGCUUCUGCUCGCGGGCGCGUAGCAGGUGCUUGACAGACAGCGAGUAGGCCUGCAUAUCGCGUAGCGAUCCGAGGUAGUCGUGAUCUGUAAUGUCUUUGAGCUGGUGGAUGUGUUGGGCCGUGUCCUCUAUCGAUGCUGCAAACCCGUGCACGGCAGGCUCAACGCCAGGCUCGAGGGCCACCAGCUUCUGGAACUGCUCGGCCAGAUCGCGCAUGUCUACUUCCAAGUCACCUUCUCUGCGGGCCACGCGGGCUACCACUUUUUCAAUGUGUGCUAGAUCUUCGUCUAGCCUGUCGCUCUUGUCCUUAACCUCGAUGAAGCGGCGAUCGGGCUUGUUGACCUUGGUAAAGGCGUUGAUAAAGGUAUCGGCAAAGUUAUCAAAGACGCCGCUUGCGCCACCGGCCGAGCUGGGGUCACCCGCGACGCUGGCUCUGUUGUUUCUGCUGCGCACAGUGGCGUUCCAGUCAUUGCUCUCGAGGAAAUGGUGGAGGAUCGGGGCGCGGCGCAGUACCGGGUGCAGGGAGAGGCGGACGAGGAAGCGCUGUAGCGAGUUGGCUCGGCGGGAUGUGAAGUCGGGUCCAAAGCGGUCGCCGCGGACAUAUUCCAUGCGCAGUUUGUCGGGGAGAGGCGGCACAGCGGCGGCGGGGAACUCGCGCUGGAGUUGCUUAUAGAGAAAGACAAAGUCUGUGAAGCGGCGGCGAACUGUGGUGGUGCCUUUUUGGAAGGAUGAGAAGGAGGACUGUUUUGGUGGUGGCUGAGUUAGCAAGACGUGGCAGGGGUAAGAGGGAAGUGGACAGAUCAGUUGUGCUCACUUUUGUGGUGACUAGAUAGGAGAUGAAUGCGUCCUUUGUGCCGUCAUUCUCCUUGAUGGGUGUGCCAACGGUGCAGUCGAGCUGCUCUUCGCCCAUGGCGUGGCCACCGGUAGCAGCGCUGUGGCCGCCUACCUCGGCACCAGCAGAUAUUGUAGGCUUGAAGUCGUCGUCUGAGGUGUAUGCUUGCAUGUUUUCUGGCUCGGGUGGCUCGCUCCAAGACACGUUGGAGAAGUUGUCGUUGUCGUCGGCCAUGACGGAGAGGAAGGAAGCUAAGGCGGUAGACGAAGCAGCAGUGGCGUUGAUGCAGUCUCGUAUAUCGAAUAAAUUAUCGGAUUUAGUUGAAACAAAAGACGCCGUGCGUCGCCUUGCAAUGCGGAAUAUUCGCGGCCAACGGAUGUGAGAAGCUGGUGAUGUUCGAGGCGGAGUUCAAUGUGGG